AUGACCGCCAAUAAAGCGAUGCUCACCCGGCACGGCGCUGGGCUGCUGAAGCUGGCCGCCUCUCGCACCCCGACAUCGUCAUCGUUUCCAGCGAUGCGUGUGUGCGUGUGUGUGUGUGUGGGCUUUGUGGCGACGGUGGCCGCCGGCGUUCUGAUCAUCAAGACACUGCAGAGUAGCUGCCAUGUCCAGGAUGUGCACAGAAUCGAAGGCAUUCUCAACGGCACGAGCAACUACGUCCUUACAGAGCGGCGCGUGAACCCAGAGAAGGCCAUUGAAGAGGUGCUGAGGAAGCCUCCGGGGCUGGGCUACGCAGAGGCUGACCCGUCUAACGAUGUCUCCGGCCAGGACGCCUUGAUGAAGUUGUGUGUGAUGCGGCCCAUCGCAUUCAGUCAUCAGCCGAAUCGCUCGACUCUCCCAGUAGCAGGCAUCGACAUCCUCACGCCGGAGAUGCUGCGGGAUGCGAGGGCGAAGGGCCUGCGCUACCGCCACGUGGUGCGUGCUGCGACAGAGGUGGCGGCGACAUCGUCCUGCGCUCCGAGCACGACAGCGGUGAGGGAAGAGGUGCAGUCGCCUACACGGCUGCUGCACAAGCAUCUGACGUGUUCGGUGAAGCCGAUGCUGCUGGGUCCGGAGCAUCCACUGUACCACAUGGAUGGCGGGAUGAGCACCGUGCCUGAGUGGACGGACUACCUUGGCGUCCUGACGAUCUCCAGUCCUGGCGCCGGUAUGUACCCCACCGCCGUGUGCCAUGAUGGAGGACUACGCACUGUGGAUGGAGGCAUUCCGCCGACCCUAAAGCAGAGUGGGAACCCCCGUGAGUGA